AUGGUGUUCCUGCAUUCUAUUUUUCUUUUCUUGGUGUUCGUUAGCAUGCCCAGAGUUGCCCGGUCGUGGUCCUCCACGUCUCCGAACCGCAUGGAAAGUCUCGUCCGCCAGUACUUUGAAGGCGUCAACCAACAGGAUCCGGAAAUGAUCCGCAGAUGCUUCGGCGAGACCGCCACCAUAUGGGACGUUUGCGGUAUAAACAGCUCAAGGAGAACUGUGAAAGCAAAAGAUUUGGUGGAUCGGUGUAUGGACUUCGUCACGGCGCAUCCUGAUUGCGUGGUCAAGUUUCAUUACGGACCUGAGUGUGGCCGGACGUCUGGUUGGGUGGUAGCGCACUGGUACGAAACUGGAACAUGGACAGGCGAAAGCUGCGGUUUGGUCCCAACGAACGAACACAUGGCCGUCGAAGGGCAAACCAGGUUUUUGGUAGACGAAACAGAACUUAAAAUCAAGGAGUUUGUAGUCACUCGAACGUAUACUGAUUGGGAAAAGACAUUGCUGGAAAAACAACAAAACGAUUCUCAAACCUAG